CCCUCCUCACCUAGCAUUAGCAUGUCCCUCUGUGUUUACAUCGUGUGACGCCUCAUGACCGCGGACUCCUCGCCUCGCGUCGCCCGUCGGAGCCGCUGCUGCCGCCGCCGAGAAGCGUCUCGUUCCACCGGGAGACACCGGAGCAGGAAGCUAAAGCUAGGCUAGGCUAACUGUGGGUUAGCUUCCCCGGAGGCUAGCGUCGCCUGUGGACCAGGGGACCAGGAGGAAGACCUUUCGACAGCUUCUAUGACCUUCGAUCGUCCGCCCCGAUCAGAGGAUGUAUCCGCCUGCUAGAAAGGAUUUCAUCUCCCUGACGCUCAGUGACCCGCACGGGCACAACUACAACAACGGCAAGCACCGCCGACAGUCCUGCUGGAGGAAAUGGAAGCAGUUGUCUCGGCUCCAGCGAAGCCUCAUCCUGCUCCUGCUGGCUCUGCUGCUCAUAGUCGGACUGCUCUCAUAUCCAAGCAUCUCGCAGCAAUGGGGAGGUGCGUCUGACAGGGACGACUGGCUGGAGCUGACCGACAGGGAGUUGAACGCAGCUCCUCCAGCGGUGAAGCCUGUGUUGGGUCUCGAUGCAGCGAAAGCCCUCGCUCCCAUGCCGGUGCCACAUUUAGGACCAGCUGAUGUUCCAGAUACGGUGGCGGAGCCCAAAGGACCCAUCAUCCCUAUUUUGGCAAAACCUCCCAUUAAGCUGUUUGUUUAUCCACAGAAAAAGACAAUUACGAACAAGAGGGGUCCACCGAGCACGAAGAAAGAUGGCAAUGCUUCAGACGUGGUCGCUGGAGAAAAUCCAGAGCAAGUUGUUGUUCACGAAGAAGAAGAAGGAGGAGAGGACGAGGACAAAGAAAAGAAAAUUGUCAGCUGGAGAGGAGCGAUGAUUGAAGCCGAACAGGCCACAGAGCCUCCGCCUUCGGCCGCUGAGAAAGACGCGGCGGCGCCCCCGGCCGACCCCGCUGCCACCGUCCCACCGGAAGUAUCAACUGGGAAGGUGGACAGACUGGAGGCCGUACGCGACGCCUUCAGACACGCGUGGAAAGGCUACAAGGACCACGCCUGGGGUCACGACGAGCUCAAGCCCAUUUCCAAGUCGUUUGGGGAGUGGUUCGGUUUGGGUUUGACCCUCAUUGAUUCUCUGGACACGAUGUGGAUUUUGGGGCUAAAAGAAGAGUUUGAAGAAGCAAAGAACUGGGUAGAGAAAGAACUCACCUUCAACAAGAAUGUGGACGUUAACCUUUUUGAGACGACGAUCCGUGUGCUCGGGGGCCUGCUCAGCACCUACCACCUCUCAGGAGACCAGCUCUUCCUAGAUAAAGCAAAAGAUCUCGGGUCCAGGCUGAUGCCGGCCUUCAAAACUCCCUCAAAGAUCCCAUUCUCGGACGUGAACAUCGGGAAGGGAACCGCCCACCCCCCGCGCUGGACGUCUGACAGCACGCUGGCCGAGGUCACGAGCAUUCAGCUGGAGUUCAGAGAGCUGAGCCGCCUCACCCAGGAGCCACAGUAUCAGGAGGUCGUGGACGAGGUGAUGAAGCUGGUCCACAAGCUGCCAGGCAAACACGACGGCCUGGUGCCCAUGUUCAUCAACACCAACAGCGGACAGUUCUCCCACAAAGGAGUGUUCACGCUGGGAGCCAGGGCCGACAGCUACUACGAAUACCUGCUCAAACAGUGGCUGCAGGGGGGGAAGACGGAAGACGAUCUGUUGGAGGACUACCUGCAGGCCGUGGAGGGAGUGAAGAAGCACCUUGUGAAGCAGACGGGUCCCGGCAGGUUGACCUUCGUCGGAGAGCUGUCCCACGGCCGCUUCAACGCUAAGAUGGAUCACCUGGUUUGCUUCCUGCCAGGAACGCUGGCGCUGGGGGCCCACAACGGCCUCCCCGGGGACCACAUGGAUCUGGCGGUGCAGCUGAUCGAGACGUGUCACCAGAUGUACACGCAGAUGGAGACGGGACUGAGCCCAGAGAUCGCACACUUCAGCCUGCAGGCCAGCGACGGGCGAGACGUCGUCGUCAAGCCGGCAGACAGACACAACCUGCUGAGACCUGAGACGGUGGAAAGUCUCUUCUACAUGUACAGAUUCACUAACGACACAAAGUACAGAGACUGGGGAUGGGACAUUCUUCAGAGCUUCAAUAAGUACACGAAGGUCCCCGAUGGCGGCUACACGUCCAUUAACAACGUCCGUGACCCCCUCAACCCCGGGCCCCGGGACAAGAUGGAGAGCUUCUUCCUGGGCGAGACGCUGAAGUACCUGUAUCUGCUCUUCUCCGACGACCCGGAGCUGCUCAGCCUGGAUAAGUACAUCUUCAACACGGAGGCACACCCUCUCCCCAUAUGGCGCUCGACGCCCAAGUGACGCUACCGUGCGGGAGACGUCUGUCAUAAACGAUCGGGUGCACAGGAUCCUGUAUGAGUCGAACAGCUGCUGGGUCAGAACCCCGUCCAGGCCGGAGGACAGCAGCUCUGUGGUGUCCACCGUCUUUCACCAUCCAGGAGUUUAUUCUGUUUUUCCUUUUUUCUUUAAUUUUUAUAUAAGGAAAAGGUUUCUGUUGGAGCUGGUCUCUGAUGUAAACAAUCUUUUGUGAGAAUCACUGACUAUCUGAAGCUGACGAGUAAGAAGAAAGUGGGAUUGCUUUAUUACCUGGGUAACGGUGCGAGCUCUGGUGUGUUGGUGGGUGGUUACAACAAUUAUGA